AUGGAUAUCAGCGGGAUCCUCUCUGUUGCUGCUGUCCUUCUUUUCUCUAUCACUGUCUACGGCGAGGCAGGACAAAGCGCUGUGUACCUGAAUACGCUGCAGAUUUCAUAGGCACUCACUGCAUUUGGUCCUCUGUCCUGCUCUGAGGGCUUCACUGAGCUGGGUUAUUACAAUGGAUCUGUGUCUCAGACAGAUUCUGGCUCUUCCUGUCUAAAAUGGACAGACUUUCCAGACUACAUGCUGCAGUACCCCAACCGUGGACUGGGCGACCACAACCAAUGUAGAAACCCUGACUGUGAAUCCAACCCCUGGUGCUUUUUCAGACAGAAGUCAGGAGCCAUCGGAUGGGCCUACUGCGACUGCCACCAGGGUGAGGUGCGGUUGGUGGGGGGUUCAUCUAAUAAGAGUGGUCAUCUUGAGGUGUAUCUAAAUGGCCGGUGGGGAGCAGUGUGUGACACCCACCUGACUGAUCGAGAUGCCAGUGUGGUCUGUAGACAACUGAGGCUUGGUGAAAUCGGCACUGCGCUUCGACAUUCCUAUUUCGGACCCGGUUCUGGUCUCUUUCACUUUGAACGUCUUGGCUGCCAUGGCAAUGAAGAUUCUCUGCUGAAGUGCCGGAGCAGGAAGUAUGUCUCUGGUGACUGUAACCAUGGAAAUGAGGCCGGAGUGGUGUGUGCAGUACCUGAGGGCAAUGGUGCCCCCCUGAGGCUCGUGGGAGGCCUUGAGGAUUUCGAGGGGCGUGUGGAGGUGUACCAUAAUGGGAGGUGGGGUACUAUCUGUGAUGACGAAUGGGAUGAUAUUGAUGCUGAAGUGGUUUGCCGACAGUUGGGAUUGGGUGGUGUACCAAAGGCAUGGACAUGGGCGCACUUUGGGCAGGGCACUGGGCCUAUCAUGCUGGACGGAGUGCACUGCACAGGAAAUGAGCUGUCUCUGGAGGAAUGCCCUCAUGUGCCCUGGGGCCAGCACAACUGUGAUCACAUGGAGGAUGCUGGAGUCUCGUGCAACCCGUUUUCAGAUGGAGUGUUGCGUCUAGUAGGCGCUGAUAGCCCAUGGGAAGGACGUCUUGAGGUUUAUCACGCUGGAGAAUGGGGCACAGUGUGUGAUGACAACUGGACCGGACGUCACGCCCAGGUGGUGUGUCUACAGCUGGGUUAUCAAGGGCAAGCUGAGGUGGCUCCAGAUGGGAUGUAUGGAGAGGGUACAGGGUUGAUCCUGCUGGAUGAGGUGACAUGUGAAGGGGGAGAGAGCUCUCUGCUGGACUGUGCUCAUGGUCAGUGGGGGCAGCAUGACUGCUCUCACAGUGAGGAUGUGGGCAUACGCUGUGAAAGAGAAGGACAGAACAAUGAGAUCCCUGAAGUGGCUCUUGCCACAGGUCCACUGGUGAGGCUGGUGGAUGGCGAGAGCCGUAAGGAGGGCCGCGUAGAGGUCUUUAUUAACGGCCAGUGGGGCAGCGUGUGUGAUGAUGGUUGGAAUGACAUCAACGCUGGAGUGGUCUGCAUACAGCUAGGAUUUGUUGGGGUCUCGAAGGCCCGCUCCAUGGCUUAUUUUGGUGAGGGUCAGGGACCCAUCCAUCUGGAUAAUGUGAAGUGUGUUGGGACAGAGGCUUCGUUGGGGGAGUGUUCAGCUGUGGGUCCGGACGCCCAUGAUUGCAGGCACAGUGAGGACGCGGGGGUCAUCUGUGACUACACCACUGAAUCUGUAAAGUACAGAAGCAUGAGCAAGCAGGAAUGUGGUUUGAGACCCAACACACAAAGGCGCAGGAGAAGGAUCAUUGGAGGAGACAAGUCUCUACGGGGUGACUGGCCGUGGCAAGUAUCUCUGUGGCUGAGGUCUCAAUCGAAAGGCACCCAUCCACUUUGUGGGGCGACUCUCAUCAAUUCCUGUUGGGUCAUUACUGCUGCUCAUUGCUUCAAGAGGUUUGGUUCAGACCCCUCCCGUUACGUGCUGCGGCUUGGCGACUACCACACAGAGGAGAGGGAUGACUUUGAGCGCACUCUUUCUCCUGAGCGCAUCGUGAUCCACAGGAAGUACCACAGCCAGGGCUGGGAGUAUGAUAUUGCCUUACUGAAGCUGAAGGGAACAGAUCUGGGGAAUUACAGACCUAAGCUAAUAAUUCUGGACUCAGAGUAUUCCCGAACACUGCUGCAAGCCUGGGUUCCAUUACUGCCCUCCUGGAAGUGUAAAAAACGUUACGGCAGUCGCUUCACCAGCCGCAUGUUGUGUGCCGGCAGCUUGUCGAACCAUCGCCGUGUGGACAGUUGUCAGGGUGACAGUGGGGGGCCACUGGUGUGCCAGGGUGAGGCUGGCCACUGGAUGCUCACAGGAAUCAUCUCCUGGGGUCACGGUUGUGGCGACCCCACCUAUCCCGGUGUGUACACACGGGUCGGCCGGUUCCUGAAGUGGAUAGAGAAAGUCACCCACAGCACUGGCAAAGCGUGA